AUGGAUGAAGAAGAUCGGGCUGUAAGAAAAAACAAAAGAGCAAAAGGCUCAAUGUUCCUUCCAGCUGGAUCACUUGCCUCGUUGGCAAACCAAAUGUCGUUGAGGGGAACAAAAAGAAAUGUUCAAGAAGCUGAUUGCUCAAAUAGGGAAAAACAACUUCCAAGGUUAAGAUCCCAAGUGCAAACUCAAGUGCAGCAAGAGCCAAUUCAUUCUACCUCUCUUGUAGAACAAGUACAACAAGUACCAAGGCAUUCAACUACUUCUGCAGCACAAACAGUACUAGAACAAGUGCAGCAAGAGUCACGACAUCCUACCCCUUCUACAGCACAAGCAGUACAGGAGCAAGUGCAACAAACAUCACAAGAUUCUACACCCCAAGAAGCAAAUCAAGAAUCUGAGGAACAAGGUCCUGCUUCCAUGAAAAAAAAAAGAGGUAGAACACAAAUGCAAAAUGUCCAUGGACGAAGUGAGCAUAAAUUGAUCGUGCUAAAUAAGCACAACCAACCUGUUGGUCCUACUCAAGCGAUCGUAGCAGAGUUAGGUAGCUUCCUUGGAACAUUGGCAAGGAAUUCGACCUUUUGUCCUAUUAAUGUAUCAAAUUGGAGGAAACUGAAAACACAUAAAAAUAUGUGGAAAUAUACCAAGAAAAUGUCCAACACUAACAGAGAGAAUCGCAAAAAGUUGAGGUAUCAGCAUACUGUUGGGAAAAAAAGCUUUGCUGUAAUUCGCGAGGAAAAAAAGAAUGAAGGUCCCGAUGCUGUGACGAAUAAGGCCAUCUUUGUGACUACAAGAAAGAGGAAACCUGGUCGAGUUUACAAGGACUCAUAUGAAGAUACGAUUAGGAAAAUAGCUGAAAUGGAAAGAGAAGAAACUCAAGAAAGCGAAGAUGGAGUUGAUGCAUUUGCCGCAGUUAUAGGACCUGAUCAUCCGGGCCACGUAAGAUUGUAUGGGUGUGGGGUUACCAAAACUGUCUUGAAAGGGAAAGCUGGAGAUUCUGGACCCUCUUUAAACGGUAAUGAUGAACUGAUGAAUCAAAAAAUGGAGGAGAUGGAAGCGAGGAUGCAAAAGAUGCAGGAAAAAUUCGAUGCACAAACGGAGGUGAUGGAACAAGGUAUUACAAUGAACGUCAUCGCACAACUUCAGCGUCUAAACCCAGACUUAGUACUUGAUCCUAGCAUGCUAAAAUUCAAUUUUCGUUCGCUAGGAGAAGCUGCUAGUAGUAACAACCAAGUCUCAAGCAACUGA